AUGGGUAACGAAUACUAUGGUAGUGCUACGUUAAUAAUUAAAAGGGCGAUUGUCGAAUUAAUGUUUGCUGCAGCGAUCAAUUCAGAUGGUCAUUUGCGCAAUGAACUGGAAUAUUGUAAGAUACCGAAUAGCCAAGUACAUCUGAAUUAUACAGCUAUCGAUGCAGUAACUAUUUUAUGUUCGAAUUUCAUUGUCGAACUUAUGCCGAUUGUCGCAAACCACUUACUAAAUACGCCUCUAAGUGCUGCACUUUUUGAUUACUAUUUCCUCAAUUAUGGCCUAGUUGAGCCUAUACAAUAUCUUAAUGAUUCAAUUCUUUUAAAACAUCGUGGGAACACAUUUGGGAUUUUGAGGAAAGGAAAUCAUCGAUUCAAUGACUUUCGAUUGCCCUACCGAACACCGCAACUACAAAUCCCUUCAUCGAAUGGGGGAAUGGUCGAUUUUUAUCUGUCGAACUACACCAUUUCAAGCUUAUUUUUUUGGAUGGAUCAGUAUCGAAAAUUUGAUUAUGAAGUUAGUGCAGAAAGUAUGAAUAACAGUCUCUCUGGUUAUUUAAGAACGGAAUGCAAUGAAGAUGAGAUAUGUGCUGGUACACUUUUUCCAGCGCUGGCCGUACAAUUCCCAAAAGGAAUCGUGAAGAUUAAUACGUAUACGACCACGUAUCCAAGGAUAUCUAUACGAAAAGAUCAAGCCACUGUUUCACUAUGGAGUCGAAUCGAUGCUCAUGCUCAGCAAAUCAAUCGUACAAACCGAUUUCUCACAGCUGGUAUGUUUGCUGAGUUGGUUUUCAAAAAGCCAACUUUCAUAAAUUAUACGUUCAAUGCUAAUUUGGAGAUAAUCAAAUUCAAAGUAUUUGGCGUUGUAAGUGGGAUUGCCGGUGUCGAUGCUACAAGUUUGGAAUUUCUCGUCGGUGCUCUCAAUGAGUUGAUUAUCGCCGAAGAUGUCGCAAAAAAAUUACAAAAUGGUAUAACAAUGCCAAUCGUGUUUGACUUACCGCAAAAAUCUUCACAAGUCACUUUUGAAAAUGGUCGAAUUCAAAUUUCGGUUGAUUUUCGUCUAGAGAAUGAAAGUUAUUCGGUGGCUGAAAGUAAAGAUGAGGACUAUUAUGAUAACAUUUAA